CGGUGGCUCUCGAUUAAGCCGUGGUGACUUUUCAAACUUAAAAAAAAAAAAAAAAAAAAAAAAAAGACAUCAUGGAAGUUCUUUUGCAAGUAGACGUGUAUACGGAAUCUCAACUAAAAGAGAUUGAAUAGUUACUACAAAAGUUUGACUCGAUGAAUUGGAAUAUAAAAUCGGGAUUAGAUGAAGGAACCUGGAUACUAUUCCCCAAGAAGAAAUUCAUUAGUUUGGAACUAGUGGAUUCCUUUGCAUCAGAUACUAAGAUGAAAGAAUCACCGAUAGAUAGUGAAUGUGACAAAGCAGUGGCACCACAACUGGGGCAGCUGGAUGAAAUUAAGACAGAACCUGACAAUGCACAGGAGUAUUGUCAAGCCCAGCAGCCCAAAACUCAGGAGAAUGAACUGAAAAUAAACACUACAUUUUCAGACAGUGCUCCACAGUUGACUACAAGCAUUGAGCUUUCUCUGACAUCAUCUGGCAUGAAUAAAAUGCUUCCUUCAGUUUCAACCACAGCUAUUCAGGUUUCCUGUUCUGGUUGUAAAAAAAUUCUUCAGAAGGGGCAAACUGCUUAUCAGAGGAAGGGGUCUACUCAGCUCUUCUGCUCCACGUUUUGCAUCACUGAAUACAUUUCAUCUGCCAGUUCACCAGCUCUUCCCAAGAAAACUUGUUCAAACUGCUCAAAAGACAUUUUAAAUCUAAAGGAUGUGAUCAGUGUCCAGCUGGAUGACUCUAGCAAAAAUUUUUGCAGCCAGUCUUGUCUUUCAUCAUAUGAAGAAAAAAGAAAAGCAUUUGUUGCCAUAUGUACUAAUAACAUUUUAACCAAGUGCAGCAUGUGUCAGAAGGCUACUGUUAUUCAGUAUGAAGUAAAAUAUCAGAAUGUGAAACACUGUCUUUGUAGUAAUGCCUGUUCUUCACUCUCACUUGAACAGCCUCCUGUGAUCUGUUGUGAGAACUGUAGGGCUUACGAUCACACGUCUAGUCUGUUGCAUAUACUUCCAAUGAAAGGCCAGUCCCAUUACUUUAUUAGUUCAAAGGGUAUGACAGCAUAUAAGCAGAGACCAGCCAAAACACUUACAUCUGUUCUUUGCAAAUCAUUGAAGCCCUCAGAUGAAAUGAUUGAGACCACCAAUGACUUGGGGAAGACAGACCUUUUCUGUUCUAUUAAUUGUUUCUCUGCUUACAAUAAAGCUAAGAUGGAAUCUUCUACAGUAAAUGUUUCCAUGGUACAUGAUGCUUCAACGGGGCUCUUUUCUCCAAAGAAAGAUACAACUCCAAUUAUAAGCAAUAUAGUGUCACUGGCAGAUACUCAUGUCUCCCUACCCAUCAUGAACUCUGAUGUCUCACAAGAUACAGUUUCUUCAGUAACAGCAAAUGUCAUUGUAGAUAGUUUACCCAGUGAAUCAAGUACUGGUGUUGCUAAUAAUAGUGUUGAACAGCCAAGCCUUUCACCAUCUUCAUCAAUAUCCAGUCAGAAUGCAGUUGGCUCCAGUGUAGAAGUACAGAAAGAUCAAGUGUCAAACCAAGAUGCUACAUACAAUAUGAAAUCUGUGAAAAUAAGUGAUGGACUAUGUCAUCCAAAAUUUACAUCCAAAGUACUAAAAGUUAAAGAUAAAUCACGAAGUAUUAAGAAAUCUUGGUGUUCAAAUUUCCAGCAUUUGAAAAGCAGUAUUAAAAAGGAUGUGACAUUCUGUUACUCAUGCCAGUUGUUCUGCCAAAAAAAUUUUAGUUGCGGAAGAGAAUCAUUAGCAGCCCAAGGAAUUUCUAAUUGGAAAAAGACUCUGGAAAAAUUCAGAAAGCAUGAAAAAAGUGAAAUGCAUUUGAAGUCAUUGCAGUUUUGGAGGGAAUCCCAGUUUUGUGAUGAAGCUGUCAAUGAUAAUUUAUCUAUUCAUUCAAAACAGAUGGAAGGAAAUAAAAAGUACCUAAAGCUUAUAGUUGAAAAUAUUUUAUUUCUUGGGAAGCAGAGUUUAUCAUUAAGGGGAAAUGAUCAGUCGAUUUCAACUGUGAAUAAAGGCAAUUUUUUAGAAUUGUUAGAAAUCAGAGCAAAAGAUAAAGGAGAGGAAGUAUUCCGACUUCUGAAUUCACAAGUUGACUUCUAUAAUAGUACACAAAUUCAAAAUGAUAUUAUUGAAAUAAUAAAGACUGAAAUACUGCAAGAUAUUGUGAAUGAAAUCAAUGUCUCCCCAGCUUUUUCAAUAAUAUGUGAUGAGACAACUGAUAGUGCCACUAAAGAACAGCUUUCCAUUUGUGUAAGAUACCCACAAAAAAUGUCAAAGGCUGUCUUAAUAAAAGAAAGAUUCUUGGGUUUCAUAGAUGUUGAAGAGAUGACUGGGACUAACUUACAUAGAACUAUCAAAACUUACCUGCAGCAAAUUGGAGUUGAUUUGAGUAAAAUAUGCGGCCAGGCCUAUGAUAGUACCAUGAAUUUGAGGGGAAAAUUUAAUAAAGUUGCAGCAGAAUUCAAGAAAGAAGAGCCAAGAGCUUUGUACAUACAUUGUUAUGCCCAUUUUUUGGAUUUAGCAGUAAUUAGGUUUUGUAAAGAAGUAAAAGAACUCCGAAUUACUCUAAAUACUCUCAGCUCUUUGUUCAACACUAUUCAUAUGUCUGGGGAAAUGUCUGCACAUUUUCAAAAUACUUGUAAACUAAGUCAAAACAAAACAUGCAAGAAACAUACAUCACAAUCAUGUUGGACAGCCCAUGAUCGUAUGUUACUAUCAGUGAUCGAGGGUCUUCCAGAGAUUAUUGAAACACUGGAAUUUGUAGCAAGCCAUUCUUCAAAUACAAGUUUGGCUGAUGAAUUGAGUGAUUUGUUAACAUUAGUUUCCAAAUUUGAAUUUAUCUUUUGUUUGAAAUUUCUUUAUCGAGUGUUAAGUGUUACAGGAAUUCUUUCCAAAGAGCUUCAGAGUGAAACCAUAGAUAUUUUUUCAUUGUCUUCAAAAAUAGAAGCAAUUUUGGAAUGUUUAUCAUCUGAAAGAAAUGACGUCUAUUUCAAAACUAUCUGGGAUGGAACAGAGGAAAUAUGUCAAAAAAUAACCAGUAAAAGUUUUGAAGUUGAAAGACCUUCUUUUCAGAAAAGAAGAAAAAUUCAGAAAACAAUAGAUCUUGGCAAUUCAGAUAGUACUUUUUUUCCUACCUCAACAGAAGAACAAUAUAAAAUUAAUAUUUAUUACCAAGGAUUGGACACUAUAUUAAAUAAUUUAAAAUUAUGUUUUUCAGAGUUUGAUUAUUGCAAAAUGAAGCAAAUUUCAGAACUACUAUUUAAAUGGAAUGAACCGUUAAAUGAAGCAACAGCCAAACAUGUCCAAGAAUUUUAUAAACUUGAUGCAGACAUCAUCCCAGAACUUAGAUUUUAUCGGCAAUAUGCAAAGCUUAACUUUGUCAUAGAUUAUGAUUGUAUCAACUUCAUCAACCUUGGCUAUUUGUUUAUCCAGCAUGGUCUUCACAAUAAUAUUCCUUGCAUAUCAAAGCUGUUAUAUAUUGCUUUGUCUUGGCCAGUUACUUCAAGUGCCGAAAACUCAUUUUCUACACUGCCUCGUCUUAAAACAUAUUUAUGUCAUACCAUGGGACAAGAGAAGCUUAGUGGCCUAGCCCUAAUGGCUAUUGAGCAGGAAUUGGUAAAUAAACUGAUGGAACCUGAAAGACUCAGUGGGAUUGUGGAAAAGUUUAUCCAUCCAAUGAAAGAGAUGUAACACUUGCUAAUUUGAGUUUUACCUAAAAGAAUUUUGUAUUUCUGCUGGAA